AUGAAAGCUGAUUAUGAAGAGCAUGGCGCUAUUCUGAUCGCUCGUUGCAUGAUGCAGAUCAAGGCCAAGUUUGAUACUGAUGAAGUUCUGAACUUCAUCCAACAGUGUGACAUCAAUCAAGGACUGAAGAAGUUUGGUGAUGAUGGAAAGGAUGCUGUGGAUGAGGAAUUGAGACAAAUUCUCCUAAGAGAUUGUUUCACUCCCGAAUUUGUUAAGGACAUGACCGCGUCUGAGCGAAAGAAGGCCCAAUCAGCGAUGAUGUUACUCGCGGAGAAGCAAUUCGAAAAGACAAUUAAAGGUCGCCUAGUAUACCGAGGCGAUGGAACUCGUGAAUGGUUAUCGCAAGAGGACACUGCAAGUCCAACUGCUUUGCAGGAAGCAAUCAUCACUACUUGUGUUAUUGAUGCACAUGAAGGUAGAGAUGUAAUGAUGCUGGACGUGCCUAUCUACACAAGAAUCACUGGCAUGAUGGUUCAGAUAUUGAUUGACAUGGCCCCAGAGUAUUGCAAAUACGUUGUAUUAGAGAACGGAAAGCGAGUAAUCUAUGUGCGGGUACUACGUGCUAUACAUGGGAUGUUGCAAUCGAGCCUCCUAUUCUAUAAUCAGUUUCGAAGUGAUUUGGAGGCAAAGGGAUUUGUUUUCAAUCCGUAUGACCCGUGUGUUGCUAACAAAGUUGUUGAUGAAAAACAGCAAACUAUCAGAUUUCAUGUUGAUGAUCUUAUGUCAAGUCACAUGGAUCCAAAAAGGAAAGAUACACAGAUAUCUUGGAAUGACUUUGGAUUUCUCGGUGAAAAAAAACUCAAAAUCCGCAUGGACGACUAUGUCAAGAACAUGUUGGAAGAUUUUCCUAUCAAGUUCAACGAGGAUUCAAAGCAGGAAACACCAGCUGGUAACGAUUUACUGCAAGCUGGUAAAGGGAACCUACUCAGUGCUGAGUACCGUCAGGUCUUCCAUACUACUGUUGCAAGGGGACUUGAUGUCUCUGAGAGAGCUUGUUUUGAUAUCCAUCCAACGAUUACUAUUCUUGCCUCAAGAGUUUGA